AUGAAGUUUCUCGUGAAUGAAGGCGUAAAGUCAUCAGAAAUUCACAGAAGACUUCAGGCUCAGUAUGGCCACGAUGCACUUAGCCGUAGCAAAGCGUUUGAGUGGUGCAAACGUUUGCGAGACGGCCGUUUAUCAGUGCAGGACGAUCCCGGCCGGGGCGGCUCAGAGCCCAAUGUCAGAGUUCCUGAGAACAUCCAACUUGUGGAGCGCCAGAUCCUCAAGGACCGACGGAUAACGUGUCUCGAACUGGGUCGAAAGAAGGACCUUUCUGUGGGAACGUUGAACACUAUCAUUCAUGAACACCUCCAGUUUCGGAAAGUUAGUGCCCGUUGGGUCGCGAGGCAGCUGUCCGUCUUUGACCGGCAGAGAAGACUGGAAAUCUCCCAAGAGCUAAGGUACCGUUUCGACACUGAAGGACAGCCGUUCCUUGAUCGGAUCAUCACGUGCGAUGAAACGUGGGUGCACCAUUUCACUCAUCCAGUGGAAGCAUUCGGGCUCGCCAGCUCCCAAGAAGUUCAGAAACACCGCGUCUGCGGGUUAGGUCAUGGCCACGGUUUUCUGGGACAAAGCUGGCGUUGUUCGUGUUGA